GGGGCUCAAACAUUUUUAAAGUUUUAGCUAAGUAGUUUAAUUUGCCUUAUAAUUACAGUUCUGCUCACUCACAAAAAAGUAGAGCUUUAUGUUUGACUUUUUACUUUUCUAUGAAACAUGGGGUUGAAACAUUGACUGUAAAAAUAAUUCUUAUAUGCAGUCUGUGGGUUGAAAUCAGACAUAAGGUUAAAAUGUGAGCUUUAUUUUGAAAGCAGGAAUGGCAGAGUAACAAAUUAGCUUGACUAGUUGAAUCACACCGAUUCUGAAAAAUCACGUGGUUUAGUGGGCGUUGAUUAUUGUUGGCUCCUCCCCCUCCCCCUCAAGGUAGAUCAAAACCAUGUUGGAAAGAGAAACUGAUAAAGAAGUUCCAGAAACAAUAGUAAUCUUGGCGGAAGUCUUUAUUUGAAGAGCAAAACAAAAUGUUGGUUUAGUUAUUGUUAUUAUUAAUAACAAUAUUGUUGAAUGACUAUUAAUUGUGUAAAUUUUCCAAAUCGGUCGCUACUUUGGAUUUCUCCUAAUUAUUAUUAUUUUAAGUGAGAAUUGAACCGACAACUGCUCUGCGGACGUCAGUCGGCGAUGGCGCAGUGGCAGGAGCUGCUGAGUUUGGACUCUGGGCUGCAGAGCUCGGUCAGUCAGCUGUAUGAGGGCAAGUUUCCCCGGGAUAUCCGACACUGGCUGAGCACCUGCAUCGAGAGCCAGGACUGGGACUCAGCAGCCGUGGAUGAGAACAAAGCUGUCAUGUGUCUUUGUGCUCUCCUGAAUCAUUUGGAGGAACAGCGGAACCUAAUGCUUCAAGGGAGAAACAUCUUGCUGGGUCCAGAUUUUUCAUGGAUGAAUAAUUACCUGCUGAUGCAUUUUAAAAAUGAGCCUUUGAAGUUGGCCAUGAUUCUUUCUGAAUGUUUAAAAGAGGAGAGGAAAAUUCUGGCUUCAGCAAAUUCAACAAAGGGAUGCAGUAAUCCAGUAAUCCUGCUUAAGUGGAGAGAGCUGGAUAACCGGAUAACUGACAUGAAACAAAGAGUCUUGGAAAUAAAGAAGCAAACUAAGAUCCUGGAGAGCUUGAACGAAAAGCUUGACUUCAUCCAAAAAACCUGGCCAAGCACAGAUGAACAGAACACAGGACUGGGUGUGUCUAAGGCUGUGGUGGAGCAGGAGUGUUUCAAGCAGAGAGCCAUCAUCCAGCAGAGAAAACAGUUUGUGCUGGAACAGCUUUUAAGCAUUUUACAACAGGCUUCUAAAAUAGAGGAAACACUCCUCGAAGAAGAACUGCCCGAGUGGGAGCGUAGGAAUCAGCUGGCCUGCAUCGGAUGUCCAGCUGACACCUCCCUGGAGCUUCUCCAGAAGUGGUUUACAGAUGUCGCCGAGGUCCUGCUAGGAGUCCAUGAGCUGCUACAGAAACUGCAGGAGCAGAACAACGCGUACAGCAGCAAUGACACCUCCUGCUUCUCUGAUUCAAUCGCAGAGAUCAAGAAAUGUACCCAGCCGCUGAUAACAAAGCUUAUUGAAAACGCUCUGGUAGUUGAGAGACAACCAUUCAUGCAGAAUUUGACUCAUCGCCCCCUGAUCCUGAAGAUCGGCGUGCGCUUCACAGUGACAGUAAGAUUCUUGGCAAAUCUACCUGACUUUAAAUUUCUGCUUAAAGUCAAACCAGGAUUUUACAGGGAUGUUGAGGAACCCAACAAAACAAAUGGGUCUCGCCUUUUUGAGUUCACCAGGGAUGACAGUAAAGUCCUAGAUGUGGACACGCCAAGUGGAGGAUUAAUGGCAGAGUUUGCUCAUAUGUCUCUCAAGGAAAAAAAAACAAAGUCUAAGGGUGCAAAUGAGAGUUAUCAGGGAGUCACAGAAGACCUCCACAUCAUUCGCUUUGAGACGGUGUUGCAUCACAAUGGACAGACCUAUAACAUUAGCGCCAGGUCCCUGCCUGUGGUCGUCAUCACCAGCAGCAGUCAGGUCUCCAGUGCCUGGGCUUCCAUCAUGUGGUGGAACAUGCAUUGCACCAGCAGAUCAAUGAACCUGUCACUGUUUCUGGAGCCGCCCCCCCUGCCCUGGCAGCAUCUCUCACAGCUCCUCAGCUGGCAGUUUCUGUCAGCUGCCCAACGAGGACUUGACGAGGACCAGCUCUCCAUGCUGAAAGAAAAACUAGUGGAUGAUCACGAUGAUGUCCACUGGAACAAGUUCUCCAAGGAUGAAAGUGCCUGGAUCUGGAUUGAUGCAAUUCUAACUUUGAUCAAAAAACACCUGGCUGAUCUUUGGCGGGAUGGGCACAUCAUGGGAUUUGUAAGCAGGCAAAAAACCAAGCUUCUGCUGCAGAGUAAACCCAACGGAACGUUCCUGAUUCGUUUCAGCGAGAGUGUGAAGGAUGGAGCCAUCACUUUCAGCUGGGUGGAUAGCUCCACUGGAGAAUCUCAUGUGUAUGCAGUAGAGCCCUACACCAAGAGGGAGCUCUCGCUCUUGUCUCUGCCUCAUGUCAUUACCCGUUACAGUCUGACAGCACACGGAAAGACAAUUAACCCUCUAAUCUACCUUUACCCCGACAUCCCCAAAGACUCGGUGUUUGAAAAGUACUGCAAAGAAUACGAACCAGUGGAUAAAGAUAAGAUGAAGAUAAAAGGCUAUAUCAAGACAAUUCUCGCCGUUUCUUCAUACAAUCCAUCCCCACCAAAUGAGAUGCCCGACAUGCAUUUUGAACUUAGUGAAAUCAUAGAUUUCCUUGACAUGUUUGAAUCAGACGGCGGCUUCUCUCCAUGUCAAGCACCUCCCUGCCUUGAUGCAAUUAUGUCUCAGGACGAUACUGAUGACUCAAGCAUGCAAUAAGCUUCCUUUUACUGAGCUAGAAUGGACUACAGAAUCAAAAAGAUAACACUGGGUAUCUUCAUCUGCCAAAUACAAAUCUGUGUGUGAUUUGUGAUCACCUUGUUGGAAAAAAAUGCACUAUUACAGUUUCCAGGAAGAGAAAUAUAACAAAAACUUCUUAUUAUUUUAUUUUUUUUAUUAUUAUUAUUGUACCAAAACAAAAAAAAAUCCUCUGAGUUUUGCUCUGCUCAAUUGAAAACAAAAAUCAUAGAAGUGAUAAAGAUUUCAAUGUAAUUUAAUGGUUGAAAAUGUUCUAUUCUAACAAUUUUACAUUGACCAAAGCACUGUAUAGUUAAAUAAAAUGUAAAAUAUAAAUUAUAAUAAAAACUGAAUAAAAAAAAUCCACAUAAUAUUGCAAAAAAACAAAACAAAACAUGAAACAGUCUGAAGGUUGCUGGGUCAAAGAUCUUGAGUUUCUUCUUGGAGCUCUGAUUAAUUUGAUUGAGCAAAACUGUUCAAAGCUUUGAAAACAAUUACAAACACCUGUAAAAACUGGAUUCAACUGGAUCCUAAAAUUAAAAGUGAGUGAAGUAUAAGAGUGAUAUGAUCAUUCAGAACUAAAUUCACAAUGAACCAGUGGAGUUUAUAUUUAAGUCUAGAGUUUUUUUUUGUUUUUUUGUCUUUUUUUGUGGAAGCCAGUUUAAAACUGAUCAAAAACACACUGGUACUGUCUCUUGUUUUGGUCAUGAAAACAUUUUAGGUCUUAAUGUGAUUUUGUUUACUGUGUAGUAUCCACAUAUUUAAUCCACAUAUUUUAGAUUACAAAAAAUGCUAAAAUAUAUGAUGUAUUAUAUUAAAAUAAGUGCGCCGGAGUGUUUACACUGUCAAACAGGUUGUAAAAGUAAUUAUUCUUAAUGUUUGAUACUGUUGGUAAACCCUGGACUACUUUAAAGUACAUCGAACAAUUCUUCACGAUUGGUUAAACAGCAAUCGGCUUACAGUUAAUUUUAGAUUUUUUUUCUUAAUACAGUUGUUUUAGAGCCUAACAUGAUCAGACUCCACUUUAUAUCUUUGAAAUUUGGUAAUACCAAGUCAGAUUUUCUUGGUGGUCACCUAGACAUUUUUAAACUAGAGGGGAUUGAGGGUUCUAGACGAUGGCUCCCAAAAAAAUCAGCUGCCUUUUGUUUUGUUUUUUUGGUUAUUACUUAAAGCUAAAGAUUAACUGUAACUAGACAUGUUAUUUUCCGUUUGAUAUCAGCAACACUGAAAAAAGAACAUUGUGUUAUGAAAUAUCGUAAUGUGCUGUAAUUCUCAAACUCUUGUAUUUUUUGCAUUAAAAG